CGAUGAUGUGAAGCGAGGGAGACGGUAGAACUGCAUUUGUGUUUGUGGCAGUCCUUUUUCUUCUCUUUGAGUUUAGGUUCCUGAAGAGUUAAUAAAAUGGGACUGGCUCUGGGUUGUCUUCAAGUGGAGCAGUCAACAGUAGCUAUCAAAGAAGUUUUCGGAAGAUACGAGGAUGUGCUUGAACCCGGUUGCCACUGUGUGCCCUGGUUCUUUGGCACCCAAAUAGCUGGUUACCUUUCUUUGCGUGUGCAGCAGCUAGAUGUUCGCUGUGAAACCAAGACAAAGGACAAUGUUUUUGUCACCGUGGUUGCAUCUGUCCAAUAUCGAGCACUGGCAGAGAAGGCAGCGGAUGCUUUUUACAAGCUUAGCAAUACCAGGGAACAGAUUCAAGCCUAUGUCUUUGAUGUUAUCCGGGCAAGUGUUCCGAAGAUGGAUCUGGAUUCCUCUUUUGAACAGAAAAAUGAAAUUGCAAAAGCUGUCGAAGAAGAACUUGAAAAGGCGAUGUCUGCUUAUGGGUAUGAGAUAAUUCAGACUCUCAUUGUGGAUGUUGAACCUGAUGUGCGUGUAAAGAGAGCCAUGAACGAGAUAAAUGCAGCUGCAAGAUUGAGGGCGGCUGCAAAUGAGAAAGCUGAAGCGGAGAAAAUUCUGCAGAUCAAAAAAGCUGAAGGAGAUGCAGAAUCAAAGUACCUAGCAGGGCUUGGAGUAGCUCGCCAGCGUCAAGCCAUAGUAGAUGGCCUGAGGGACAGUGUGCUAGCCUUCUCAGAGAAUGUCCCUGGGACAACAUCUAAGGAUGUAAUGGACAUGGUUCUGGUGACCCAAUAUUUUGACACAUUAAAGGAGGUUGGUGCAUCCUCAAAAUCCAAUUCUAUUUUUAUUCCACACGGACCAGGUGCUGUGAGAGAUAUAGCUUCACAAUUUAGAGAUGGUCUUCUUCAAGGAAAUGUGUCUCAUUCUUGAAGCAGAACUGUAAGAAUUUUCUGCAAAACUCUAUCGAUAUAUAUAUUUGUAAUUUUGUCUUUUAACUUUUUUAAGUUUCAAUUUGGUUGAUAUGUUUAUAUGCCUUUCCACACCCACUGUAUUUCUGUUCACAUCUUGAGUCACGAAGUCACAUUGUACUGUUCUUAUAUUUUUAUUUGACAAAAAUUUUCU